GAAUAGUUCUAUGGGGAACGCCCCUAUGGAAGUGCUUGAUAGUUUUGUUUCAACGCACAAACAAUCCCAAAAGACUACAAAGAAACCUCUUAGAAAGGGGAAAUCCUUAAAAGAACCUAAUGCUGUUAUGAAAGCUGUUGAGGCACCAGAAUCUGGAAAAGCAUUUGCACAGAAAAAAAAGUCCCAUAUGAGUGGCAAAACUAAGCUUCAGGGACAAAGGAAGAUCUGUCAAUUAUAUCCUCCCACUGGUAAAUCAGUUUUAGUGGUGGAAUCUGUCACUAAGGCAAAAGUUAUCCAAGGAUACCUUGGUGACAUGUUUGAAGUCCUACCUAGUUAUGGUCACAUAAGGGAUUUGGCUGCAAGAUCAGGCUCUGUGAGGCCUGAUGACGACUUUAGUAUGGUAUGGGAGGUUCCAUCUGCUGCCUGGACUCAUCUAAAGAGUAUCAAGGUUGCACUAAGUGGAGCAGAAAAUCUUGUUCUUGCAUCAGAUCCUGACCGUGAAGGAGAAGCUAUUGCUUGGCACAUCAUUGAGAUGUUGCAGCAGCAGGAUGCUUUGUGCGAAGAUAUCAGUGUAGCAAGGGUGACCUUUAAUGAAAUAACUGAAUCAUCCAUUAAAAGCGCCCUGCUGGCUCCAAGAUAUAUUGAUGUGAAUUUGGUACAUGCUUAUCUUGCACGGCGUGCUCUUGAUUAUUUGAUUGGAUUCAAUAUUUCUCCAUUAUUAUGGAGAAAAUUGCCAGGUUGCCAAUCAGCCGGUCGGGUCCAAUCUGCCGCUCUUUCUCUUAUAUGUGAUAGGGAAAUGGAGAUUGAUGAAUUUAAACCACUGGAGUAUUGGACUGUUGAAGUUGAGUUAAGCCGGAAGGAAUUGGGUCCUUUAGUCUCAUCGUACUUGACCCAUUUUGACUCCAGAAAGUUAAACCAGUUUUCUAUUAGCUCCCAUGCCAAGGCACUUGAUAUUGAAAGGAAGAUUAGUUCAUCCAAGUUCGAAGUGGGCAGCCCUAAAAGAAGCAAAAUCCGGAAGAACCCUCCAGCUCCAUAUAUAACAUCGACACUUCAACAAGAUGCUGCAAACAAAUUACAUUUUACGGCAACAUAUACAAUGAAACUUGCACAGAAACUGUAUGAGGGGGUUCAAAUAUCAGGUGACCAGGCUGCUGGAUUGAUAACAUAUAUGAGAACAGAUGGGUUACACAUUUCUAAUGAAGCUUCAAAGGACAUUCACUCCUUGGUCAUAGAAAGGUAUGGGCAGAGCUUUGCAUCAGAGAAUCCUCGCAAAUAUUUUAAGAAGGUGAAGAAUGCUCAAGAAGCUCAUGAGGCUAUCAGACCCACUGAUAUCAGGAGACUACCUUCAAUGCUUCUUGGGGUACUUGAUGAAGAUUCCUUGAAGUUAUACACCCUUAUUUGGUCUCGUACAGUGGCAUGUCAAAUGGAACCUGCUACAAUUGAUCAGAUACAAUUGGAUAUUGGUGAUGCUACUCAUUCCAUUGUUUUUAGAUCUGCAUGCUCAAGUCUGGAGUUUCCUGGAUACCAGGCUGUGUAUGAGGAUGUGGAAAUGAAAUCAAUUUGUAAUUAUGAAAAUGAAGGGAAUGAUGGUGAUGAAGUUUUCAACAUUCUCAGUGAUUUAAAGUCUGGGGAGCCACUGUAUUUAGGUAAAGUUGAACUCAAGCAACACCAUACUCAUCCUCCACCACGCUACUCAGAGGCAUCAUUGGUUAAAAAACUAGAAGAGCUUGGGAUUGGUAGACCUUCUACUUAUGCAACCACAAUCAAAGUUCUACAGGAUAGAAAUUAUGUGACAGUAAAAGGCCGGGUGUUAUAUCCAGAAUUUCGUGGUCGUAUGGUGUCAGCAUUUCUCUCUCACCAUUUUUCCGAGGUAACAGAUUAUAGUUUCACUGCAGAUAUGGAGACUGAGCUUGAUAAUGUUUCUGCUGGAUUGACUGAAUGGAAAGGUCUUCUCAGAGAUUAUUGGACAAGAUUCAGCAAGUAUUGUGACCAUGCUAGUAAUGUCCAUAUUCAUCAGGUGGAGAAGAUGUUGGAGAAAACAUUUGGCGAUUUUUUGUUUGCCUCUCUUCUCGAUAAAAGUAGGACAUGCCCAAGUUGUCUGGAGGGCACUUUGAUAUUCAAAGUCAGUCGAUUUGGUGCUGGCUACUUUAUUGGUUGUGAUCAACACCCUAAGUGCAAGUACAUUGCUAAGACAUUAUAUGGUGAAGAUGAUGAAGAGGUUACUUCUCAAGAUAACAAGAAUGUAGAGGAGCCUAAGGUGCUAGGUGUCAGUCAUGGUUCCAAUGAGAAGAUUCUCUUGAAGAAUGGUCCAUAUGGAUCCUAUGUUCAGCUUGGUGAAGACAGGAAGGGAUACUUGCCUAAACGAGCCUCUGUUUCUCGAAUAAAGGAUUUGGACUCUAUCACGCUUGAAGAUGCUCUUGAAUUGCUCCGCUACCCUGUGACAUUGGGAAACCAUCCAGAUGAUGGCCAACCAGUGACAUUAAAGCUUGCUAAAUUUGGAUUUUCUAUUAGACAUCGACGCACAAUUGCUCCUGUUCCCAAGGUUGUGAAGUAG